CACCAAGUGUACACCAAAACAAAACAAUAACCAUGAAAUCUUAUUAUUGCCUUAUUUUCUUGUAUGUUCACCUACUUUCAUCACAAAACUGUUUUACUUUUGCUUCAGCCAGUUCAACUACUGAAGCGCAAGCCCUUCUGAAAUGGAAAGCCAGCUUACAAAAUCAAACCCAGCCUAUCAACUCAUGGAUGUACCUUCCUAGUACAAAUAAUGCCACCAAUACUUCCAGCAAUCCCAAAGCAAUUGCAAACCCAUGCAUUUGGACUGGUAUCUCGUGCAGUGCUGCUGGAAGUGUCAACAGGAUAAACCUUACCAAUUCUGGUAUACAAGGUACGCUACAUGAAUUCUCAUUCUUGUCAUUCCCUAAUCUUGUGCAUCUAGACCUCAGCUCAAAUAAACUCUUCGAUGUCAUACCACCUGGAAUUAGUUCCCUCUCCAAACUCAUUUAUCUUGAUCUAUCUGUAAAUCAAUUUUCUGGAAAAAUCCCGCCAGAAAUUGGUCUUCUAAGAAGUCUCACAUUUCUCUAUCUCUAUGAAAAUAAUCUUUCUGGCACUAUUCCCUUGGAGAUAGGAAACUUGAAAUCAUUGGUGGAUCUAGAGUUGAGCACCAAUCAACUCAGUGGUUCAAUUCCGCCAACACUGGGGGAUCUGACCAACCUUACCACCCUCAUUCUCUCUGGAAAUAAUCUUUCUAGCACUAUUCCUACGGAGAUAGGAAACUUGAAAUCAUUGGUGGAUCUAGAGUUGAGCACCAAUGAACUCAGUGGUUCAAUUCCGCCAAUACUGGGGCAUCUGACCAACCUUGCCACUCUCUAUCUCGAUUCUAAUAAUAUUUCUGGCACUAUUCCUACGGAGAUAGGAAACUUGAAAUCAUUGGUGGAUCUACAAUUGGACGCCAAUCAACUCAGUGGUUCAAUUCCGACAACACUGGGGGAUCUGACCAACCUUACCACUCUCAUUCUCUCUGGAAAUAAUCUUUCUAGCACUAUUCCUACGGAGAUAGGAAACUUGAAAUCAUUGAUGAAUCUACUCUUGAACACCAAUAAACUCAGUGGUUCAAUUCCGACAACAUUGGGUGAUCUGACCAACCUUACCAUUCUCUAUCUCCAUACAAAUAAUCUUUCUGGCACUAUUCCUACGGAGAUAGGAAACUUGAAAUCAUUGGUGGAUCUAGAGUUGAGUGACAAUCAACUCAGUGGUUCAAUUCCGACAACACUGGGGGAUCUGACCAACCUUACCACUCUCUAUCUCUCUACAAAUAAUAUUUCUGGCACUAUUCCUACGGAGAUAGGAAACUUGAAAUCAUUGGUGAAUCUAGGAUUGGACGCCAAUCAACUCAGUGGUUCAAUUCCGACAACACUGGGGGAUCUGACCAACCUUACCACUCUCAUUCUCUCUGGAAAUAAUCUUUCUGACACUAUUCCUAAGGAGAUAGGAAACCUGAAAUCAUUGUUGGAUCUACGGUUGAGCUUCAAUCAACUCGGUGGUUCUAUUCCGACAACAAUGGGGGAUCUGGCAAACCUUAUCACUCUCUAUCUCCAUUCAAAUAAUCUUUCUGGCACUAUUCCUAGGGAGAUAGGAAACCUGAAAUCAUUGGUGGAUCUAGAGUUGAGCGCCAAUCAACUCAGUGGUUCAAUUCCGACAACACUGGGGGAUCUGACCAACCUUACCACUCUCUAUCUCUCUACAAAUAAUCUUUCUGGCACUAUUCCUAUGGAGAUAGGAAACCUGAAAUCAUUGGUGGAUCUAGACUUGGGCGCCAAUCAACUCAGUGGUUCAAUUCCGACAACACUGGGGGAUCUGACUAACCUUACCACUCUUUAUCUUAAUCUAAAUAACCUCUCUGGCACCAUUCCGAAAGAGUUAGGAAAUAUCCAUGAGUUGACAGAAUUGAUAUUAUCUAAUAACCAAUUUUCGGGUUAUUUGCCACAGAACAUUUGCGGAAGUGGAUCACUCUCAAACUUUUCAGUACGCUCCAAUCAUUUGAGUGGUCCAAUCCCAAAAAGCUUUAAAACCUGCACUAGAUUAUUCAGAGUCCGUCUUGGAGGGAACCAAUUGACAGGCAACAUAUCUGAAGACUUUGGUGUUUAUCCGAGUUUGAAUUUUAUAGAUUUGAGCAACAAUCAACUUUAUGGUGAAAUCUCACCAAAUUGGGGAUUGUGCCCAAAUUUAACAACCCUACUAAUAGCGGGAAACAACCUUACUGGUUCUAUACCAACCGAGAUUGGAAAGGCAACCCAAAUUCAUGAGCUUGAUCUUUCUUCAAAUGGUUUAGUGGGGGAAAUUCCAAAGGAGUUUGGAGGGUUAACGUCAAUGGUGAAGCUGAUGUUGGAUGGCAAUCAACUUUCAGGUCGUGUCCCUUCAGAGUUGAAAUCAUUGACUGAUCUAGAAUAUCUUGAUCUGUCAGCAAACGAAUUCAAUGAUUCAAUUCCAAGUUUUGUAGGUGACUUUCAAAAGUUACAUUACUUGAAUUUGAGCAACAACAAGUUCAGUCAAGCAAUUCCAUUCCAGUUGGCGAAGUUAAUUCAUCUGUCCCAACUAGAUUUGAGUUUUAACGCAGUUGAAGGUCAGAUACCAUCAUAUAUUAGUAAUAUGCAGAGUCUGGAGAUACUUAAUAUAUCCCACAACAAUCUUUCUGGUUUCAUUCCAACAAGUUUUGAAGACAUGCACUGGUUGUCGUAUGUUGACAUAUCCUACAAUGACUUGGAAGGUCCACUUCCCAACAACAAAGCAUUUCAAGCUGCUACUCGGGAAGCAUUGCAAGGGAACAAGGGCUUGUGUGGCAACACACGAUUUUUGCAACCCUGCAAUAAACAAAGCCCAAAAAAGGACCACAAACUCGUAUUUAUGAUAAUCUUCCCUAUUCUUGGAGCAUUUGCGCUUCUAGCCUUUAUAUUUGCAUUGGUAGCAAAACGGAAAAAGAAGUAUCAGUAUGGAGAAAAAGCCAACAUGAAUGAAGAAAUUUCUUUUUCUAUAUUAAAGUUUGAUGGAAAGACAAUGUUUGAGGAAAUCCUAAGGGCAACAGAAGAUUUUGAUCCCAUGUAUUGCAUAGGGCAGGGAGAACAGGGAAGCGUCUACAAAGCAACAUUGUCAUCCACUUACACAGUGGCCGUGAAGAAGCUCCAUUUGCCAAGCGAUGAUGACAAGAAUCUUCAGAAGGCAUUCUUGAAUGAAAUUAGGGCGCUAACUGAGAUGCGUCACCGAAAUAUUGUGAAGCUUUAUGGUUUCUGUUCACAUAGGCUGCACUCGUUUUUGGUGUAUGAUUAUCUGAAAAAGGGUAGUUUAGCCACAAUGUUGAGCAAAGAUGAGGAAGCAAAAGAACUGGGGUGGAGUAAAAGGGUGAAUAUAGUUAAAGGUGUAGCUCAUGCCUUGUGUUACAUGCAUCACGAUUGUUCGCCACCGAUUGUGCACCGGGACAUAUCGAGCAAGAAUAUUUUGGUGGAUGAUGAGUAUGAGGCCUGUGUUUCAGACUUUGGCACUGCUAAGUUCUUGAACCCAGACUCAGCUAAUUGGACUGCCCUUGCAGGCACAUAUGGAUAUAUUGCACCAGAGCUUGCUUAUACGAUGGAAGUGAAUGAGAAGUGUGAUGUUUAUAGCUUUGGAGUGGUGACAUUGGAGACAGUUAUGGGAAGACAUCCGGGAGAUCUUCUCUCAUCUCUAUCUUCGGGGGCGUGUUCAUCAUCGUCAACUGCAUUACCAGCCCAUCAAAUGCCAGUUGUGGAUGUUUUGGACCAACGCAUUUCCCCUCCUACACGUGAAGUUGCAGGAGAAGUUGUCUCUGUUUUGAAGGUAGCAUUUGCUUGCCUGAAUUCCAGUCCUCAAUCUCGUCCAACAAUGAAGCAAGUUUCUCAACACCUCUCAACUAAAAGACCGCAUUUGUCGGAUCCAAUAGCUAUGAUAACAUGCGGUGAAUUGCUUGCUUGUGAUGGUUUUACUGCCUCAUGAAAUUUGAAUCAACAAU